AUGCCAGAGGACCUUGUCUCGUCUCAACUCUCCCAAUUCACCGUCAAUCAUGAUAGGCCACGGCUUAUUAAUACCGCUCUCCCGGUGGAGGUUUUGGUUAACAUUUUGAAGCACCUUUCCUUGAAUGAUCUCAUGAGGUGCAAACAGGCGAGUUUAGUUCGAAGCAGUUCGCUUGCCCUUUCGUUUCCCUCCCCCCGCUCCUCGCGUGCAACUAAAGCCUUUCUCUAUGUCAUCGAAAGGUCGUUGAUUCUCCAGUAUAACAUUGAGCGCGAAACUUGCCUUCUUGCCGGUAGCACUGCCGCUUAUCCAGAUCAUCUCUCUAUUGCAGAGAAACUUACGAGUCUUCGUAGGCGGGAAGUUGGAUGGGCUAAUCUAAAAUGGCAGCCUCAAUCGCAGAGGACUUUGACCGAUCCAUCACGUCCUAUCAUUGCUACGGCUAAGUACGAAUUGCAACAUGGAUUCUUUGCGUAUGGGCACAAAGCAUCCAUUUACCAUGGCUUUGAUUGUUUAUGCCUUCACCCCCUUCCGAGAUUCGCGGAUCAUCCUUCGAAUUCAAAGGGUCACGGAUUGUCAUCCGCACUGCUCAGGCCAAUUGAUUCUGAGCGUCAGGUGAACCUAGAAGGCGGAGAUGACGAUGAUGUUGAAAUAGACUGGCCCCAAACGCCUAUUUUCCACCGCCUCGGCUUCGAGUUUCUGGACUUCAGUAUCGAUCCGGAACAGAAUUUGGCCAUUUAUGUUUGCGACGACUCUAAUAAGAUGUUUGUCAGAAUAAGGCGAAUGUCUGAUAAUGCCUUUCACCCGAUGGCCCAAUAUGAGACUCUCGAUGCUUGCCCGGUGUCGGGCCGUUUGCACAUUCUUGUCGAGAUCUUUGGCGACUUUGUUGGCGUCAUGGUACGGGAUUCUUUGGAUGUGAGUCACUAUUUUUGGAUUUGGAAUUGGAAGACAGGGAUAUGCCAAUGUGAACUUUCAGAUUCCAUCAUGGAAUCUUUUCUUUUCUUAUCUCCGCGCCAUUUCAUCAUUCCUCAACGUGAAGGGGACUCUGUCUCGCUAACGGUCUAUUCAUUUAGACCUUGUUAUUACGACGGUCCCCCUGUCAAACCUUGCCUUCCAUCUCAGCAUGUCGCGACAUUUCAAUUACCCAAUUCCUUACCGUAUUCACACCCCAUGCGAUUGUACUGCCGGCCCAGUCCUGUCUUUGAAACUCCAGAAUAUGAAAAUUUAUCCAGAGGCGACUCGAUGCCUGCAGACGGAGCUAUUCCAAGCAUGCCCUCCUUCCCAUCAAGUUCAAUUCAAGAUUCCUCCACAACCCCGGACGAUAUGCCAAAUACAUAUGCUACCAACGGACCAUUUGUUCGCCCCCGGCAGGAUGAUUUCAGGGUCGCUGUCUUUUCACUUCGUAUGUCCUCGACGAGGCGCCGCAGCUACAAGAUGUUUGUCCGCGUGUCCGAUAUCUAUCGCAUGACCAAACGUUUCGAGAGCGAUUUUCAUCCUAGUGGAAAGAUACUGGAUGACGAUCUAGACGCCAACUUAAACGCCAACUGCGUGCUCCCUAUCCAUGUUCCAUGGGGUGAUUGGGGACCUCGUUCUGCGCGCAUGUUGGAGACUGCGGAUUGGGAGGCACCCUGCGAUAUUUUCAUGAACCGAUACAUCUUUAGCACAAAUUCAUCGUCACCCCUCCCUCGCGCUAUCUCAACAAUGGACGCACGGCUAUGCACCGGAUCCGACCUCCUCUUCUUUUCAUCAGAAAUUCAACCCUAA